UGGUUGAGCUCGGCAUUGUUUCCGAUCCGAGUUUCGGCUUUCUAAUGGCGUCUUGGUUCAAAGCUGCCGAAGGAUUGUUUGAAGUCGUAGAUCGAAAGGCAAAGCUCGUCGUUAGUGAGCUAUCAGAAGAGCAGUCUGAUGUUCAAACUGCAGCUAAACGCUGAAUUUAGGGAAGCUUCCGAAGACAAAUUUUCUUUUCUCAUCUUGAAUGUCCUCAGAAAUUUAUUCUUGGAUUGGGAUCUGGCCUUAAGCUACCCGGGCAUGAGCUUCUAAUGGCCAAGGAUCUCAAACCAAGAGGACAAAGACAAAGAAAAAGAAGAAACUAUCCUUAAAAGAACCUUCUAUAGCAAAUGACACUGCUGAAGAACAAACAAGCACAUUAUCAUCAACAGCAGAUGUGGUGUUGGCAUCUGCAAAGGAUGGAAUUGUUUCUUCCAAUGAAGACGACCGGACUGCGUCUGAUAAGUCUAUGACCCAAGUAAACAAAAGGAAGCCAGAUGACGAUGACAAUAACGUCCCUGUGCUAGACAGUCCGUCAACAGAUGCCCUGGUAGUUGAAGCCAGAAAACAAAUUCCUGAUGGCAUGGAUACUUCAGCAGCCGUUGAUGAUGUUGAAGUCAUUGCACCAACUUCUAAAACUGAAUUAAAUAAUGUGAAUGCCUCGGAUGUUCGCGAAGAACAUUUAUUGUCAAUACCUAAUAAAGCAGCUGUGGAGAUCAAUAAAGAACAUCAAGAUGAGGAGCAGAGCAGUAAAUUGGGAACUGAAGACACUAUCUCAAAGGUAGAUCGAGACAUGUCUGAGUCUGCAACUACAGAGUUCCAGGAUAAUGGCGAAAGUCAAACAAAAGAUGAUUCUAAAAAGGUUCAAAUACCAGUCAAUCAAAAGCAACAAGAGAAUACAGCCGACAAGGCUUCUAUAAAAGUGCAGGACCAACUUGAAGAGGCACAAGUGCUACUUAAAACUUCUAAUGCCACUGGUCAGUCGAAAGAAGCAAGGCUAGUUAAGGUCUGUGCUGGACUUUCAUCACGACUUCAAGAAUUCAAGUCUGAAAAUGCACAGUUGGAGGAACUUCUUAUUGCAGAGAGAGAAUUGAGUAGAUCAUAUGACGCUCGCAUAAAGCAGCUAGAGCAAGAUUUGUUGGAAUCCAAAAGUGAAGUCUCAAGAGUUGAGUCAAGUAUGGCUGAAGCUUUGGCAGCAAAGAACACUGAAAUCGGGGCUCUUAUUGGUUCCAUGGAUGCACUUAAAAAGCAGGCUGCCUUAUCAGAAGGAAGUCUGGCCUCGAUGCAGGCAAAUAUGGAGUCAAUGAUGAGGAAUAGAGAACUAACUGAGACUAGAAUGAUGCAAGCUCUAAGAGAGGAGCUAGCUUCUGCAGAGCGUAGAGCAGAAGAAGAACGUUCUGCACAUAAUGCUACAAAGAUGGCUUCCAUGGAAAGAGAAAUGGAACUGGAACACAGAGCCAUGGAAGCAGCAUCAGCUCUUGCAAGGAUCCAGAGAGUAGCAGAUGAGCGGACAUCGAAAGCAACAGAGCUUGAGCAGAAGGUAGCGCUGCUUGAGGUUGAAUGUUCAUCUUUAAAUCAAGAACUGCAAGAUUUGGAAGCUCGUGCUCGCCGUGGACAAAAGAAGUCACCUGAAGAGGCAAACCAAUUGAUUCAGAUGCAAGCCUGGCAAGAAGAAGUGGAGCGUGCCCGACAAGGUCAGAGAGAUGCUGAACUGAAACUUUCUUCCAUGGAGGCUGAAUUGCAGAAAAUGAGAGUUGAGAUGGCUGCUAUGAAAAGGGAUGCUGAACAUUAUUCGCGUCAGGAGCAUAUGGAGCUUGAGAAGCGUUAUCGUGAACUAACUGACCUACUGUACUACAAGCAAACACAAUUGGAAGCCAUGGCUAGUGAAAAAGCUGCUGCUGAGUUUCAACUGGAGAAGGAAAUAAACCGUGCUCAAGAGGCACAGGUAGAGGUAGAAAGAAGUAGAGCCUCCCGUCGGGCUUCUGCAUCUUGGGAAGAAGAUGCUGAAAUGAAAUCUCUCGAGCCCCUCCCGUUGCAUCACCGAUACAUGGUCGGGACGAGCAUACAGUUGCAAAAAGCAGCCAAACUAUUAGAUUCUGGAGCAGUCAGGGCAACAAGAUUUCUCUGGCGGUAUCCCAUUGCAAGACUUAUAGUACUAUUUUAUUUGGUAUUUGUACACCUUUUCAUGAUGUAUCUAUUGCACCGUUUACAGGCUCAAGCGGAUACUUUUGCUGCUAGAGAAGUUGCCGAGUCCAUGGGGCUAACCAAUCCUAAUUUACCAUAAGACCCUUCAACUUCAUCUCCAAUUUUUAUACAAGCAGCCCAAUGGCAAUAGAUUUGACGUGAAGACGAGAAAACUCAACCGAAAAGUUGAAACUCGGGUUCUGUUCAUCUAUUCUCCACUGCAUAGUUAAUUAUUUACUUAAAGAAAAGAAAAUUCUUUUUGGUUGUUUUUUAGAGAAGAGAGGCAAUCGAUUUAGAAAUAGAAUGGCUGAUAAGAUGAUUGAAGUCGCAUCUCAUGCUCUAGCCUUGAGCUUUGAUACCGCACUCAAUUUUUUCUUUGUUGUUUACUUUAAUGAUAAUCUUCUUUUUUUUUUUUGUACGUUUUCAAUGAAAUAGGGAGUUAAGGAUUUGUAUUA